AUGCGUUUCCCUCGCAUUCUUCCAUACACGCUAUGGGCCCUCUCGCUUUCGGUGUAUCCUGCUAGGGUUACUGCAUUGACUCUAGAUGUUCAGAGUGCAGAUUCAAUCAAAGACACAGCCUCCAAGAUCGCUUACGAUCUCAUGAGCCGCUACACCGGCAACAACACCGGCGACGUCCCCGGCAACCUCCCCGCACCCUACUACUGGUGGGAAGCCGGUGCCAUGUUCGGAGAAAUGGUCGAUUACUGGUACUACACAGGCGACACGACCUACAAUGCCGAAGUCCUUCAAGCCCUCCAACAUCAACGAGGAAAAGCAAAUAACUACGAACCUUCCAAUCAAACCGCAAGUCUCGGAAAUGACGAUCAGAUGUUUUGGGCUUUUGCUGCUAUGAGUGCUGCGGAAUUGGGGUUUGAAGAUCCGCCAGAGGAAGAUCCUUCGUGGUUGGCUCUUGCCCAAGCGGUUUUUAAUCGCCAAACCUCUCGUUGGGAUCCUGAUACUUGUAACGGUGGUUUACGCUGGCAGAUGAUCCUCGCAAACGUCGGAUAUGACUACGAAAAUUCCGUUACAAACCUCGGACUCUUCCAACUUUCGGCAAGACUGGGAAGAUAUACUGGAAACCAGACUUAUAUCGAUUGGGCCAAUAAGAUUUGGGAUUGGUAUGAGCGGAGCAGUUUGUACGAUCCUAGGGAGUAUAGGAUCUGGGAUGGUGCGCAUACGACUGAGAAUUGUACCGAUGCUUCUCAUGAACAAUGGAGUUAUACGUACGGUAUUCUUACUGCUGGGAUGGCAUAUCUCUACAACCACACCGAGAACGAAGUAUGGCUGACCAAAAUCGACGGUCUCCUAAACACGACAUUCGAAACCUUUUUCCCACCAAGCAUGGGCACUAAAAUCAUGGUAGAAUGGACCUGCGAACCAUUGGGCGUCUGCAACAACGAUCAAAAGUCUUUCAAAGCCUACCUCUCGCAAUGGCUGGCUAGAACGGCUCAGCUAGUGCCUGCCCGCUACGACACUAUCAUGCCAUACUUGCGCGCCUCUGCAGUAGGAGCAGCAGGCCAAUGUGGUGCAGAUGGCAAGAACUGUGGACACACCUGGAACACGACUAUCCCAGAUGGAACUCAAGGAGUGGGUGAGCAGAUGAGUGCAUUAUCUGUUGUGCAAGUCAUGAUGCUAGAUAACGCUAACCUCAAACCUCCUUAUACUACCAAUACCGGCGGAACCAGCAAAUCUGAUCCAAGUGCUGGAACUGAUGGUUCUGACGUUGGUGGAGAGACGGAUUACAAUCACAUCUCGAGACGAGCGAUCACGACUGGGGAUCGUGUUGGUGCAGGCGCCGUUACUGCGGGCGUUUUGUUAUUCCUCAUUGGUGGAACAACCUGGCUGGUCUGGACGGGAUGA